GGAGCUUCUGCAGCUCUUAAUGCUCAUGACAGUAGGCGGCUGCAGUGUGCUUUUGCCUGAUUUCAUCUUCAUUUCUCUUUCACGGCUUUGAGAAAGAAAAAAGCAUCCAUAAUAUACCAUAUAAAUAUAUAUUUAAUUUUUUUUGCUCGGGAGAUGAGGGAGAGGCAGAGGCAGAGGCAGUGCACCCUCGCUGAGGACUGAAGAUGAGUGAAUAAGAUUCAGGAGGAAGUUCAAGUCGAGUCUACGUUCUGUCUCAAGGAAGAAGCGCGCGCGAUGUUCGGAAGCGAGAGGAAGCGAGAGAUUCAUUAAUCCGAAGCCAAUCAUCCGCAAUCUGAAGCCAAUAAUCCGCAUUAACCGCAUGCAAACCUGUGCACAGGCUGCAGAUUGGUAUACAGCGAGUAUAACGCAGGAUAGGAAAGAAGUGUGUGUGUGUGUGUGUGUGUGAGGGAGAGAGAGAGAGAGAGAGAUGCUGUGAGACAUUAAAGCAUCAGCCAAGUCAGCAUGUUACGUGUUUAAGCAAUGGAUCGCGCGCGGCUCGUUAUCUCCGGCUCUGAUACACCGGGACCCUUCUAAUAAUUGCUGGAUUUGGGAUUUUUUUUUUCCCCUACAUCGGAAUAAAGCCUGAGAGAGCCUGCUGAGAGCACCCACUGUGGAUGUGGAAUUUAUCAGAGCUGCCCUGCGUUUGCACCAAGAAGGUGAUAGAUUUAUUCUUUUCUUUUUUCUCGUCUUAAUUUUUUCUGCAUUGCUUGCUAGAGGCUCUCCGGCUCGUGCGCUCACAUCUCACUAAAAAAAAAAAAAAAAAAAAAAAAAAAAAAAAAAAGACCUGCAUGGAUUUCACAUUAACUUGAGGCUGAGGCUGCAGAGGAUCAUCCGUCCAUACUGCUAUCCUUGCCACAAGCACAUAUUUGCAAAAGAGAAGGAAAAUGUGCUGCUUCAUUUGGGGAGAUGGAACCAGCAGACGAUAAAUUAUGAAUGUUGAACAAGAUGACCUCUUACCAUCAGCACCAGAUGAUGAGAGGUCCUAGAUGGAAAGGGGCUUGGUUCGACCCCUUAUUCCUCCUGCUUUUGGCUCUGCAGUUGCUUGCAGUGGCAGGAUUAGUAAGGGCCCAGACGUGUCCCUCUGUGUGUUCCUGCAGCAACCAAUUUAGCAAGGUCAUCUGCACACGUAGAGGACUCAGGGAAGUCCCUGAUGGCAUCUCCACCAACACCCGCUACCUGAAUCUUCAGGACAAUCUUAUCCAGGUCAUCAAAGUGGACAGUUUCAAGCAUCUACGGCAUUUAGAGAUCCUCCAACUUAGCAAAAAUCAUAUCCGCAGCAUUGAGAUUGGCGCCUUCAAUGGGCUAACCAGCCUUAACACCCUGGAGCUCUUUGACAAUCGCCUCACAACCAUCCCAAAUGGAGCUUUUGAAUAUCUCUCUAAGCUCAAAGAGCUAUGGCUUAGGAAUAACCCAAUUGAGAGCAUACCAGCCUAUGCUUUCAACCGUUUACCAUCCUUAAGGCGGCUGGACUUGGGGGAGCUCAAGCGUCUCUCCUAUAUCUCAGAUGGAGCAUUUGAGGGCUUGAGCAACUUGCGCUACCUGAAUAUGGGAAUGUGUAACCUCAAGGAGGUCCCCAACAUUAGGCCCUUAGUUCGCUUGGACGAGCUUGAGAUGUCAGGGAACCAGCUGACGGUGAUCCAGCCUGGUUCGUUCAAGGGUCUUAUCCACCUCCAGAAGCUGUGGAUGAUGCAUUCCCAGAUCCAAACCAUUGAAAGGAACUCUUUUGAUGACCUUCAGUCAUUAAGUGAGCUGAACCUGGCUCAUAAUAACCUCACAUUUGUGCCCCAUGACCUUUUCACUCCUUUGCGCCAUUUGCAGAGAGUACACCUACACCACAAUCCAUGGAAUUGCAACUGUGACAUUCUGUGGUUAAGCUGGUGGCUAAGGGAAACCGUACCAACUAACACCAGCUGCUGUGCUCGCUGUAACUCUCCUCCAAGCCUCAAGGGGCGCUACAUUGGUGAGCUGGACCAGAGCUACUUUCAGUGUUAUGCCCCUGUCAUUGUUGAGCCUCCUGCAGACCUCAAUGUUACUGAGGGAAUAGCAGUGGAGCUCAAAUGUCGGACAAAUUCUCUGACCUCAGUCAGUUGGCUAACACCAAAUGGCUCCAUUAUGACACAUGGGGUAUCCCAGGCACGUGUGAUGGUGCAAAAUGAUGGAACACUGAACUUCACCAGUGUUACAAUGCACGACACGGGGAACUACACCUGCAUGGUCAGCAACAUGCUGGGAAACAUUUCAGCUUCUGCAGUCCUCAAUGUGACCUCCAUAGACAACAGUGGUUUCAGUUACUUCACCACUGUCACUGUUGAGACCAUCGAGUCCCCAAUUGAUGGGCUGAUUAGGACCCCUGAGCAGCCUUCCUUUGGCUGGGUGGCAUCAUCUACUACAAGAGCGACCCCAAUAUCCACAGAGAAAGCCUAUACCAUUCCUGUGACGGACGUAGACAAUGAGGGAGCUCUCAAUGGUUUGGAGGAGGUAAUGAAGACCACCAAGAUCAUCAUCGGCUGCUUCGUGGCCAUUACACUCAUGGCUGCCGUCAUGCUCAUCAUAUUCUACAAGAUGAGAAAGCAGCACCACCAGCAAGAUCACAAUGGGCCGACUCGCACAGUCGAGAUCAUCAGUGUAGAUGACGAACUGUCAGGGGUUCCUGCGAUGGAGAGCCACCUCACUCUUCCUCCACUGGAGCACGAGCACUACAACCACUACAACUCAUACAAGAGCGCUUACAACCACGCCUCGACGCUCGGCUCGCUGCAUAGCUCUGUGCAUGAACCUUUACUAAUCCAAGCCAGCUCAAAAGAUAACGUGCAAGAGACACAAAUUUGAAUUUCCUCACUUUGAACAGGAAAAGUUGAUCUUUACUGACAGUAUUAUUGGCUUUGGUGGUAGACAUGUCAUGAUGAUGAAGAUGGGGAUGAAGACAUGUCACUGAGGAUGUAUGUAUUAUUUCAACAAAUGUGUUUACAAGCAAAGAUUAUUUAUUUAAUGAUAUGUCUAGUGGCUGAAUCAAAAAAAAAGAGUUCAUAUCAUUUUCCUCCUCCUAAUUUUCGUUUGAAUUUGGGAUUUAAUGGAUGAGUGGUCUGCUGAAAAACAACGCACUUGUGAAUUCAAGGUAAAAUGACAUGCUUUUGGCAGCCUCCUGUGAACAAACCACGAGGUAUUACAUUCAUAAUAAUGACAUAUUUGUUGUAUCUGUGGGCAUGCUGCAGCAUUUCACUUCAUCUUUUCACAUUUUAGUGAAAUGAGUGCAAAAGAUGGCCACUAAGGACUUAAGACUGUAAAUAAUAUAGUGUAAGUAGAUGUGAUAAACCUAUCUGAUGGAUGCAGAAAAUUCAGAGAAGAAAAUCAAUUGUUUCUAUUUCCCACAAUAUGAUCAUAUAUUGUGCAGCAGCAAAAAAGAAAAGCCUUCAAUAUAAUGGUCUAGAUAAUGUGAUGCAGAUGAUGGUCUCUGUUCAUUUCUGAGGUACUGAAUUCCCUGAGCAUACGACAUAUGAGUGUAAUAACUGGACAAAGGUAUAAAGAUGUGUAAUUAUGUGCAUUAAAUACUGCCCUUUCAGAGGGCGUACAGGUAAGGCUUUAACAUUCAAAUCCAUUUAAUGACCCUCAUUUGGAAAUCAGAUUGAAGCCUUUAACCACUACAUCUCAUCCUAAACUUGCUUUUCCUCAUUUGCCCUUGGUCAAAUUGUUAUAAAUCAAGUUGGUCAAGUUGUUAUGAAUCCUGUGAGAGGUCAGAUCAACUGACAAAGGAAUCCCCCCCACAUUUAAACACUGACUCACAAAAAAGUUUAGCUGCCAUGAUAAACAGCAGUGUCAUACUUUGCAAGGGAAAGCACAAUUCUUUGUUUAAUCUUGCAUGUAGCUCAUUUCCAUUUCUGUGGAAACUCCUUACCUUGCAGGUAGAAUAUUGGGUUACUGCCCAGUGCUGGUAAGGAUCUUACGCUAUAUUAUUAGUGCUGUUACACGGCAUAAGGAAGGAUUUUAUUGUGGUUUGUGUUUGAUGUGUAUGUGUGUGUGUGUGCAGUGUAAUAACUAUCAUUUAAAAAUAUUAAUUACCAUCCAAUUAACAGCACUUUCAAUUAUCAAGCACUAUCUUAUUCAUAUGCUCUGCUGCUCAUCAUCUUUUCCUUUUGCCUGAAUGAUUGAAUAGAGUGAUAAUGUGAGCGUUUGUAUGUUUAAAAAUUUGGUUUCACUAUUUUAAAACUUUUACAAUUGUGAAAAUGAGAUGUUAGUCUCAAUGUAAUGCUGAAAUGAUAAAUAUCCACCUCAUUGUCAUACACAUUAAGUAACUUCAAAAUGCGACUAAGAAUGCUGAUUUAGAGAUUAAAGAGAAAGUCUUCAGUUUGCCAGCUUGAGCUUUUGAGGAUUUUCAGGAAAUUUAAAUGUUAAAUCAUUGAUUUAACAAUAAAAACAUCAAUCCAACAAUAAAACAGUUUUUCUAAGGUUUUCAAGAGUUUACCAUAACAAACAUGUAAGCAGGCCAAUAACAGAUGAGGGUAAAAAAAGAUUUUUAUUCUUGAUUUUAUUUUAUUAGUACUGUUUUGUAUUAAAUAUUUGACAUUUUGUUUUAAACCAUUUACUGCCACUGGUGUAUCAGCUGUUCAGAAAAGCUUCAGAAAAAAAACAUAAAGAUUCAGAAAUGAGAUCGAGAGGCAGAAAAGAGAUAAAGAUUUCCUGAAUUUCUCAUGUGUACUAUAUAUUGAGUCCUAUACUUAUUUACAGUAUAUACUGUACCUGUUUGUUCAUGGCUUUUAUUCUUAGUUCCAUUGGAGUCUAAAUUCUUUGCAGGGCUUAUAAGAAUUCAUAUAUGUUGAUAUGUGGAAACAAAAGAGAACCCAUUGCUUAUCUUCCAGUCAAAUCUUUUUUCCAGAUAAACCCAAAUAGGACUUACAGUCAGUGUGUACAGAAAAGAACUAUACUUUGGCCAUUAAAAAGAGUGACUGUGUGUUCUUGAGUGACAAAAAUGACUUUUCUCAAUCUGCUCCAGUGCUUACAUGAACAGCAGUGUCAACUACUGAGUCGAAACCACCCUGGCAUACGUGACUCUCACCGUGUAUCUAUGGCAUUAAGCAGAAUUCUUUUUUGUUCUGUUUUCUUGUUGUGAUUUGUUUGUUAUUGGUAACUCAUUUUAGAUUUCUAUGAUGAAUUGAAGUGAAGAAUCCUGGUAUUUUAUCUCUUUUUGAGUGAGAGAAUAUGUGCUUCUCCAGAAGAAGAUUUCUACACAGACUGUUUAAGCAUUAACAGCAACAUCUCUAAAUCCAACAUUACAUAUGCGGAUCAGUCAAUGAUAUUAUUGGGAUACGCUUAUUUGAGGGUUAACCAUAAUAAAAAAAAAAACACAUUUAUUAAUACCAGAGAUUGUAGUUCAUACAGUACAUGCUGUAAAUGUAAAUAAAAUGUUUUUUUAAGUGUUGGGUCUUUGAAUUAUUAAUCUUGGGAAAAUUUUUGUGUCGACGUUGAGAGAAAAUGUUUAUUAAACUAUGUCUGACUUUUUGGUAUUCAGUAAGAUAAAUGUCUUGUAUAGUUUCAUAUAAUGUUUAGAUAUGAAUAUGUACAAACUGCACACAACUUUCAGCUUUAAAAAAAAAGGCUGUAGCUGCUGUGAAUCUUGUAUAUUAGCUCAUCUGAGCAGGGCUGGGUGCUUAACUCACCCCACCUUGAACUGUACACUGCCUGUAAUAAACUCCUCCAGAGACACAAUAAUAUUUUGUAUAAACUCCCAGGGAAUCCCCGAAGGGAUGAUCAGUGCUGGAGCACUACAUGUAAAAACCCAAAGUCAUUCAUUUAUUUCUUACACUGAAGUGGAACAUUAUAUAUUUUUUUAAGAAAUGUAUGGUUUUCUCUACGUCAUAGUAUUUACUCAACAUUUUUUGAAAGGAUGACAUUAAAUGUGAUAUAAUAUUGCAGUAACAGUGCAAAUACUCAAUUAUUUGGCUUAUUACUGCUGGAUAGUUUUGUAGAUGAACUUGGUAAGAAACGCAUAGCCUCAUAGCCUCAUAGCCUAUGUUAAUAUAUCAAAGCAAUGUACUGUAGAAAUGCCAGAAAACCAUUCAUCCUAUGGUCUCUGGGUGGGAUGGAUGACAUACUCUCACUCCCCUGUGAAUCACAGUGACACAAGCUAAUCACAGGCCUCUGUGAGUUCAUGUAUACAGAAGAGGGCAGAUAGUGCUUUUCUCAGAGUGUGUUACGCUGCCCUGUAUUUGAAAAAAGUGGAAAAAACAUGCGUUAGGUUUCAUCCUUCCUGGAUGGUCUCACACUUCCAAAUUCUUAACAAUUUACAUAAUUCAAGUUAUAUUAAAAGAUAUGAAGGGUAACAUUAGCUUUAGGGGUGGGGUUAGCGUUACUACAUUUUCUUGCAACUUAAUUAUACAAAGUCAUAUAUAUAAAAUUUAUAUUAACUGCAAUUGCCCUUGUACAAACUUCUCAUGAGAUCAGUUUGCCUAUUAUGCAAAGCUACGUAUGUAAAAUCACGGUGCCCAAAUUUUGCUCUGAUAUCUUACAAAAAUAUUCUAUCCAAAACAAGAUGUAUAAUCGCUGAUGUAUAAUCAUGACUGAUUGAUUAGAUUUAUUCAUCGUUCAUGCUGAUUCAAUGAUUCAUUUAAACCAAUUAACUGGUGUAAUCAGAGCAAGAGAGAGUUCACAAAGAGAUACACAUUAUAUGCCUUAUGAAGCAAAUAGCAACAUGACUCAUGACUAUGUGAUUCAGCAGUAAUUCCAGAAAGCAGUUAAUCCCACGCAUACAAGCAAUUCAGCAUCUGUUCCCUGAUUGUCCGUGUGGGCUUAAUUUAGCCUGCAUGUCUUGAAAAAUGGCAGCUAGAGUGAAUUAAAACCCCCAGAAGACCUUGACAAGUCGGAAAUGGCUUUGGGAAGGGCAUCAAAGUGCAUCAAUUAAUUAUAAACUUGACAUAUGUGGCCUGCUUUUAUUACAUACAGCUAAUGCAUCUGUUGAGUAAAGAGUACGAGUCAAUACAGGUGUGUUAGUGGAAAUAUAUGGGAAGAAUAGCUGUAGUCCUUGUGUGUAAUAAAGAAUUGGUACGGCUUCAACUACAUCAUCAAUUCCAUGAGUCAGCUUCUCUUUCGAUGACAAAAACAAGUCAUCACAAGGCUUUAUUUCACCUAGAUGGAGGAAAAAUGUUCUUCUCGCACAUACAUAGCCUCAUCGUUCAUUUUGGCACCCCACUGCACCAAAGCGAACUGAGAGACGAGUGACCUCUAGACAUGAGCAGACACGUCUUGGCUUAAGAUGGACUUGAUUUUACAGCACCUCCUGUUGAGUUAUGAGAUGCUUGACAUCUAAUCCAUAGGGCUUAAGCUGAAGUCUCGGUGAAACCCGACACUUGUGAAUAGAAUUUAUAGGCACCCCACAUUGUCUCAUUCCCUGUGUGAUUAAUUGUGCGGGGGCGCUGACAGACGGAAGUACAUCAGUUAAUUAAUUUUGCCUGGACAAUGCCAUUAGCCACACCAGGCACCGAGAGGAGGUGUGGGAUUGCAGGCAUGUGCCAUCAGAUUGUCUGCCUAUCCCAGCUCUCACACUCACCAGAUAUAAUGAAUGUAAUCAGCAGUUGGCACAAGCUGGCACUGGCACCCAUCACAUUUAGAAGUAGCGUUAUCUAUCUAUCUAUCUAUCCGUCACUGAAACGAAUGGAAAUGAGAAGGAUCAGUUAGGAUAGAAUCUCAUUGUUUUGGUAACGUAUUUAUUUUCCAAACAGCUUCCAGUUAUGAUUGUACAUUACGUUUUGGCAUCGGGGAAGAUGAAAUACAGCGAGCCGAUGCUGCCAGUAAGUGCGUACACUUCACUCCCAGCUGAAGCAUUUAGGUGUCAAAUUAAUUAAUCCUCAUCCUCCUCUGAGAGAGAAGAAGCCUGCCAAGUGCAGCCUGCACUGCUGGUUACCAACAUCAAAUAAAUGCAUUUGGUUAUCAAUGUAAAAAUAAAUGUGCAUCUCAAAGUCGAGAUCAGUAUUCAUAUAUUCCAUUUACUUCAUCUUUCUUCAUUUGCAUACAU